AAGAGUGUCAAUAAGUAUGAUUUCUUAGUUUUAGGAUUUAAUUCUUUCCUUUGUUGAUUGAUUGUCAUUUGUAUGUGUUUGAAACUAGUGACAUACUUGUAAUAAUAAAUACUCCCUCCAUGUUUUUUUAGUGACACACCUUCUUUAAAUGACGGUUUUUUUUUUUAAGUGACACACUUCCUCUUUUAGUAAUGUUAUACAUUUUAAUAAUAUAUCUUCACCCCACUAUCUCUUACUUUAUCAUUUCUCACUCCUUUCAUGGUCCCCAUUUCCUCUCACAUUCUUUUACUUUAUCAUUUCUCACGUCUCCAUCCUACCCCACUAACCUCUUAUUUUAUUAAAGUCAAUAAAAUCUCCUAAAAUUAUGUGUCGGUCAAAAUAUGUCACUUCAAAAAAUAUAGAGGGAGUAAUGUAUUUUAGUACUAGUAUUUAUUUAUGACUUUUAAAACAUUGAUAAUCAGCGCAACUCUAAAUAACUAUCUCCCUUGACCUCUGGUAAAAAAAAAUAACCAUAUUUGGUGGGAAAAUCUGAGCGAGUUCAUCAUACAUCAUCCUACUUCAUUCAACUCACAUCACUCGUUGCAGAGCCACUCAGUAAUGGAAACCCUAGACCCCAAUUCACCAAACAAACGAUUGAAAUCGGAAACCCAAACCCUAGAUCCUGCAAUUCCAUCUUCAAUUGAUAAAGGUAAAGCUCCGAUUAUCGACGACAAUGACGGCGAAACCGAUGAUUGUUGCGAAUCGCCGACGAAUGAUGGUUGCGGAAUUUGUUUGUCGUAGGAAGGAAGAACCGUUAGAGGUCUUACUGAUAGUUGUGAUCAUUACUUUUGCUUUCUUUGUAUAAUCGAGUGGUCCAAGAUUGAGUCUCGCUGCCCCUUGUGUAGAGGGAGGUUUAGUACUAUUCGUCGUAUGAGAAAAGAUGGGACCUUCAUUGGUCAAGGUUCGGUUCGGAUUCCGGUUCGAGAUCAGAUCUAUGAUCCUUUUGGGGAACCAGUUGACCCAUAUGCACAAGCAAAGUGCUCUGUCUGCAAUGGUUCAACGGAUGAGUGCCUUCUUCUUUUAUGUGAUCUCUUCGACUCAGCUUCACAUACUUUUUGUGUUGGCCUUGGUGCCACUGUACCUGAAGAUGAUUGGUUUUGCCGGGAUUGUGCUCUUCUACGGGAUGAGCAGCUUGAAAAUGGUAUGAGUGAUGAUGCUGUUACUUCUAUUGAUCCUCCUCCUUGUGAUGAGGAACCGUUGCCAAGUUCAGCUUCUGUCUCAAUAUUUGAUAUUGUGAGAGACCCAAAUAGGUCAAAGGAGCCUGACUCUGAGACAGAUAGGCUUCUCAAAUCGUCUCAAAAUCUGACAGAGUUUUCUUCCAAAGCUACUGCUUCUGAUCAGUCAAAUAUUGCAUCUGCACGAAGUGUACCUGGUGAAAGAGAUAAUUUGUGUUUUGCUGAUAUGUCAUCUAGUGCUAGAACACUGCAGAAUUGCCGAAAUGCUCACAGGCACAUUAAUGUCUUGCGUGAGAAUUGGGGUGCUUUUAGAGCUGGAUCCUUGAGCUUCUCUCUAGCAUUUUCUGAUUCCUUAAGUAAAGCUAGUAAGAAAAAGAAUGUUAAUGGAACAAGUGGAGAAAAAAUUUGUGAAUUGCAAUCCAUUUCAUCUGCGACCUCUUUGCAAUCAAAGUCUUGUGAUGACACAUGUGAUAAAGAUUCCUACAAUGUUGACAGAGCUUGGAAAUUGAUGACAAAAGCAAAGACUGUGCAGCAAACUGCUAAGUCAAAAAAUACUCCUAAGAUUUCUCAAAAUAAAGCACAUAGUUUAAAAAUAGAUAAAUUUGUACCUAAGUGUGUAGUGUCUGGAAGAAAGGAUCUAAUGUCCCCUAAAUUUGAGAAGCAAAAGCUUACUGAUAAGGUAAGUGGAAGGCCUGCUGAGACUUCUGGAAAGCAUCGUUUGACUAAUUUUUCAUCACAAGCUGAUAAUGCCUCUAGCAGCAAGUAUCAGAAGUCCUUUGUCCGUAAUUUAUCUAUGCCCAGAGAAGUACGAGCUAAUAUUCAUCACAACACAGCACUCUUAGCAUCACCCAAAAAGCUACAGGGAGGAGAGACUACUGUUCUUGAUGAUGGCUCUGCUUGGCCAGCAUCUUCAUGUGGGCAAAUAGCAGGUACGUCUGAUGUAUCGCAUCCCAGAUUGCAGAGGAUGGAAGCAUCUGCAUUUCCUUUGAAGAAAAAUGGCCAUAUGAAUAUCUGUGCAUCCAGUAAGCAGGAGCCACAGACAUCAGCACAAACUGACAAUUGUCGUAAUAAAACUGGCUUACUUUCUGAUGCAAAUCUAGGAAGAGGGUUGUCAAAUUUUUCUGAUGAACAGAAUGGUUUUGCUUGCUCGACAUCUUCGUGUUAUCCUGUAGUGGGUGGCUCUGCUGCAUUUAAUGUCAAGUUGGAAGGCAAGAAAAUAUCAGCAUGUCCUGGAAGUGUUGGGUUUAACAACACCAGCAAGGGUAACAAGGAUGAUGAGGUAAAGGGUGAGAUUCAAUCCCUUGUCAAGCUCAACCUAAAGCUCCUUUGUAAAAACAAACGAUUAGGCGUGGAUGCAUUCAAGGAAAUCGCCAGGCUUUCAACACAUACAAUUUUGGCUUCCUGUGGCUUUGAGCACCGAAAAAUUGUUAGUCCAGCCCCAACAUUAGUAUGCCAUCACGGUGAUCAAACUCCACAGUUUCAUAGAUCUACGAUAGUGCCUAGCUCUUGUAGGGAAUGCUUCUACGUCUUUGUCAAGGAUGUAGUUAAUUCGAUCAUGUCCAAGAAAUUGAAUAGUUCUAAGGUUACUGCUAAAGUUGCAGCUUGAAUUCUUGAAAAAAAUAUUUAUAUGCGGAAUUGCUGAUGAUGAAACUCAUCAUCUUUUACCAUUACAGUGGUGAAAAUUUUUGAGACUGAUUCGGGUAGAUCCUAAAAAAGUCCCUAGUCAUUGUAUAUAAUUUAUUGUAUUUGUAACAUUUGUGUCUUUAUUACAUGACCAAAAGUAUAGCAGAUAUAAUCUUUACUUGUUUCUUUUUUGAUGAAUAAUAUUUA